UCGGGCCUGCAUCCAUAACUCCUCCAGCAAAAUAUUCUCUUGAAAUAGCAUUUAAAGCCAUUCGCUGAGAUGUCAGAAUCCUCGCCUCUUCUUCCACGUCCGGCGAAUGAUGCUGCAGACAGUCAUCCCAUUUACCUCCGGGUGUGUCAUUCGCCGUGGAGAGCGAUCAGCCAGAAGGCCUUGGUGACGAGUCGUUUCGUCGUUUUAGUAUACCUCAGCGUUGCGCUUGGUGUUUCCCUGAACUACAAACUCAACACGAUCGACGAGCACACCAAAUGGCGAAUCCCGUUCCAGUUCUCCACGGUUGCCUUUUUGCUACUUUGGGCAUACCAUCUGAUGGCCACGCUGUGGACCGCCAUGCACCUGUUCUCCCCACGUUCCAUUGAGGGGAUUGACGAGGACUCUCGCCUGAAAACCAAGAUCCUGGUAGCCCUAUCUCCUCCCAAUCGGGACACCGACGGCAAAUGGCGACUCGGGUUCAGCCUAUUCUACACGACUGCUCACGUUUUUACAUUCAUGAAUACCAUCAUCUACUGGGCAGUUCUCGUACCAGCGGGACAUGGUGGAUUCAGGCCUCCCAGUGUGCCCCAUCAUGGUCAUCAAACCUCCGCUCCAGGAAACCCGACAGCUAUGUAUGACCCAAGCAAGGGACUAUUCGAGGAAGGGGAUGCCAAGGCUUUCAGCAUCAUCAACAUCUGGACUAUCAGCUCCGUCAUUGGCCUCGCAGAGAUCCUGUUUUUCAACAGUAUCCGGCGUCCCACUCCCGUUGCUGGGCACGUUGCAUGGACAAUGUUUGCCAGUGCCCUGUACCUCGCCUGGGCUGGGCUGGGCAGGUUGUUGACUGGCCACGCUGGUCUAUUUUUCCUCGAUCCCGACCUCGUGGACGGCCUGAGAGGAGUAACUGCUGCGGCGAGCUUGGCCUUCAUCACACUUGCGCCUGGAGGUAAGUUGGAAACCUCGGAUGGAGCUAAUGGACCAGGCCUUGUUGUCAUACAUGGAUAUAAAAAGGCUGGGCAAAAGGGAGGUUGGUGUAGUGGAGUACGUUAAUGGUUUGUGUUGCUGGGAGCGUGGUAUCAUUGGUUGACGAACGGUCGAGCUGCGUAUGACAAGGUUACCGGAAGCAUCAGUUGCUAGUCAUCAUGCCGGGAAAUUGGCAUCGGAGGGUGGAUUGAAUAUGGUUACGUAGACUCGACCUCACC